GGCAGUCAUUGGUCCUCCGAGACGUACUGUCAGAGAGAGAGAAGAGGAAAAGAGACACCCCACUCGCUGUAUUUUUCUGGUUCAAUUAAUGUCAAUGAACUAAGUAGACCCGACCAGGCCCAGCUACAAUUGCAUUGGAGUCUGAGAGACGCACCCAGUUAAGUAGACCGGAACUGACCAUUUGUUUCAAUGGUAAACGGCUUGUGUGAACUAUCUUCAUUUAUCCACCAUCUUUGUUACUGUCUGCUGCUCUUCCAUCGGAAAAGAUGGCUGCCUCGGCAGCAUCGGCGGGUUCUACCCCCGGUUUUUGCCCUAGCUACGCCGUGAUAUGCUCUUUUCUAGAGCGGUAUGGAACCUUGCUUGAUUUACCGGAGCUUACAUUUCCACAGUUGGAGCGAUAUCUCCAAGACACAAUCUCAGUUCCAAAGACCUUGGUGGACCUUCACGUGAAGUUGUUGAGGAAGAUCGGCAAGUCAGUGUCCGCAGACAGAUGGGAGAAGUACCUUGUGAAGGUGUGCCAUGAGUUCAACAGUACUUGGGCAUGGGAGCUUGAAAAUAAAGGAUACAAGGACAUGUCUGUGGAGUGCAAGACUGGAAUCCUCAAACAUUUGUGUGAAUGCCAGUUUGAUGACAAUGUAAAGUUCAAGACAGCAAUCAAUGAGGAGGAUCCCGAUAAGAUGCGGCUUCUCCCCAUUGGCAAGGACAAGGAUGGCCUGAUGUACUGGUUCCAACUUGACCAGGACAAGAAUGUGAGGGUCUAUGUGGAGGAGCAGGACGACCUGGACGGGUCUUCCUGGAACUGCAUUGUCAGAGACAGAAACAGCUUGGCUGAGAUCCUGGCACUGCUAAAGACUCAAAUCGACCCAGCACUGUUGACAAAGAAAGAAGGAGAGGAGGAAGAUGAGGCGAAAAAUAAUACUGGGGGAGAAGGGGAAGUUAAAAAGACAGAGGAUACCUCAGAGGAUGAAGAGGACAAACCCUCCAAGGAUACAGCUUCCUUAGUCUCCCCAAAAAACGAGAUUACAGAAAAAGAGGAAUCAAAACUAGACGAAUCAGAUGCCAAAUCCUCAUUGAGUGGCCUCAAAGACGAGUCGGAGUCAAAAAGCCAAUCAGAGGAGCCUAUGGUGGAUGACAAGGUCACCAUUCACACCCAGGCCAUCAAAGAAGAGCCAAUGGAGGUGUCAGAAUCCAAAGAGAGCACAGCCACAAAUGCUACAGAGCCUCUUGCAGAGAAACCUUGUCUGACGCCACAGACAGAGGAAGCCAAGAGGAAGACUACAAAUGAACUCCAAAGGGCGAUGAAGAAUGACCAGCAGGCCAAAAUCCCAUUGAAAAAGAGAGAGAUGAAACUUUGUGAAACUUUUGAUAAUAAUAGUGGCGGUGGCAGUAGUAUCUUUGUGCGAAACCCAUCUGUUGCUCCUGUCAAAGAAGCUCCUGAAGUUGAGGAGACAAGUAAAGAGGUCUCUGAUGCCCCGGUGGGGACGAUAGAGUGUAAAAGUGAUCAAAUGAAUGGUGAUGCUCGGUCUGCAACAGAAAAAAGUGUCAAUGAUGGUUUGAGAGACUCUGCUGAUGGCAAAAAACGGCAAACAAAAGCUGCUGCUGGGGAAGAAUGUAAAGCAGUAGAAGCUAGUGCAAAAGGUAAGAUAAACCUGGACAAGGAGAAAGAGGAGAUGGCAAGCAACACUGAGUUGGCCAUGGCCAAUGAAACAAGUCUACAGAAAAUGGUUCCAGCAGAAAAGGAAUGCACUGAAGAUUCAGAGGAAGUAAAAAAAUCAGCCUUAAAAGAGGCUAAAUCUCCGUCUCCUCUAAUGACAAAGCCAUUGACUUCAUCUAAGAAUGCAACAAGCCCACCGGAGAAGUACUCUGAUUGUAAAGAGGAACAAAAAGUCAAGGUAUCCAAGUGGGAUGUAAAAGUGUGUCGUACAGAACACACGACCUAUACAUCAAUAGAAACCGAUAAAAACCCUUUGUCUAGUAAGUCACAGAAACCAGAUGAAACUAAAGGAACAGAUUCAUCCAUUACCUCUCAAGAGGUCAAGUCAGCUGUCUCUAAGGAAACAGAUGAAACCGAUAAAACAGUUGUCAAUAAGGACGGUUAUCCCCUUUCUGUCGUGAAAGAUAUGGAAAAACCACCGAGCACAAAAGGUACAGAAAAGUGGUCAAACCCUAAAAACCCAGAAACCUCAGUCAUCACUAAACAAACUGGGAGACCUGACCCAAUUACAGAGAAACCAGACCACUCUAAAUGCAUAAAGAUGCCAACAGUCAUAAAAAAUACAGAGAAACCACCUGACAAAGAGGGUGUAGAGAAAUGUGAUGUUUCUAAAGAUAUCAAAACUUUUGUAAUUAAAAAGACAGCGAUUUCAGAAAAGAGUAAAGAUGCUGAGAACCUGGCCAUCUCUCAAGAGAACAAUACGUCCUCAUUCCUUAACAAGGCAGACAAACCAGUUCCCAAUAAAGAUGCAGAGACACUGGAGAGCACUAAAGAGACUGAUAAAUCGUUGGUCAUUAAAAUGACAGUGAAACCAGAGGCAUCUAAACAUACAGAGAAAUGUCAUAACCCUAAAGACAUUAAAAUGUCAGCUGUCACCAAGGAGAAACCUGCUGUAGGCACAGAUGCGAAGGCCGCCGCUGAGAUGAAGAAAAAAGCUGUCAUGGAGAAAGAAGUUUUCUCAGCGUCUAUCUGUAAAGAUGAAAUGAGAACUGUUGCUAAAGCGACUAAGACGCAGUCUGGACCAAAAGACAUGGAGAUGGCAGACGUCUCUGAGAAAACAACCCAAUCACAACUGGAUGAACCCAAAAAGGUAGAGAAAUCUGCUACCCCUAAAGAUGCUGGGAAAUCGGUUACCCCUAAAGAUGCAGAGAAUUGUGCUACCCCAAAAGACACAGAGAAAUCAGCAAUGCCUAAAGACACAGUGAAAUAUGAUAAAUCGGCAGCGCCUAAAGACGCAGAAAAAUUGGCUACCCCUGAAGAUGCAGAGAAGUCUGCUAAAUCAGCUACACCUACCCCUAAAGAUUCAGAGAAGUCUGCUAAAUCAGCUACACCUACCCCUAAAGAUUCAGAGAAAUCUGCUAAAUCAGCUACACCUACCCCUAAAGAUUCAGAGAAGUCUGCUAAAUCAGCUACACCUACCCCUAAAGAUUCAGAGAAAUCUGCUAAAUCAGCUACACCUACCCCUAAAGAUUCAGAGAAGUCUGCUAAAUCAGCUACACCUACCCCUAAAGAUGCUGAGAAGUCUGCUAAAUCAGCUACACCUACCCCUAAAGAUUCAGAGAAGUCUGUUAAAUCAGCUACACCUACCCCUAAAGAUGCUGAGAAGUCUGCUAAAUCAGCUACACCUACCCCUAAAGAUUCAGAGAAGUCUGCUAAAUCAGCUACACCUACCCCUAAAGAUUCAGAGAAGUCUGCUAAAUCAGCUACACCUACCCCUAAAGAUUCAGAGAAGUCUGCUAAAUCAGCUACACCUACCCCUAAAGAUGCUGAGAAGUCUGCUAAAUCAGCUACACCUACCCCUAAAGAUUCAGAGAAGUCUGCUAAAUCAGCUACACCUACCCCUAAAGAUGCUGAGAAGUCUGCUAAAUCAGCUACACCUACCCCUAAAGAUUCAGAGAAGUCUGCUAAAUCAGCUACACCUACCCCUAAAGAUUCAGAGAAGUCUGCUAAAUCAGCUACACCUACCCCUAAAGAUUCAGAGAAGUCUGCUAAAUCAGCUACACCUACCCCUAAAGAUUCAGAGAAGUCUGCUAAAUCAGCUACACCUACCCCUAAAGAUUCAGAGAAGUCUGCUAAAUCAGCUACACCUACCCCUAAAGAUUCAGAGAAGUCUGCUAAAUCAGCUACACCUACCCCUAAAGAUUCAGAGAAGUCUGUUAAAUCAGCUACACCUACCCCUAAAGAUUCAGAGAAGUCUGCUAAAUCAGCUACACCUACCCCUAAAGAUGCUGAGAAGUCUGCUAAAUCAGCUACACCUACCCCUAAAGAUGCUGAGAAAUCGGCUAAAAACACAGAGACUACCUCUAAAAAGAUUGUUCUAUCUUCUAGGGGACAGAAACCAGACACCUCUGAAGAAACUGAGAAACUGGCAGACACAAAGCCAGUUGCAGAAAAAGGAGAGAAACUUGUCACCUUUCAGGACGCCAAGCAAUUACCCUCUCUCAAAAAGUCUGUCCCAGUGGAGGGGAAACAGGAGGAGCCUAUGGAAAUGCGUUUGGAAAAGUCAACACAUGACAACAUAAAGAUCAAGGGACAUGCUGAAAAAGGCUGGCCAAAAAAGGCUGUUAAAAGUGGAGUGAAGUCUGAGACCAACACUAUCAAAGACUCAAAGCCCAUGGACUGUGAUGCACCAUCAGAAAAACAGUCUGUUAGUAAGAAGGUAUCAUCUCUCACAGAGACUGAGGGUGAGACAUACAAAAGCCAUGACAAAGUAAUCAAGGAAGAUUCCACAACACAGGGAUGCCCCCAAAAAGAGGAUGGGAGUAAGGAUGAUCAGACUAAGAAAAAUGACCAAAAAGAGGAUGAUAGAACUGAGAAAGAUGACAAAAAUUCAACGGUAGCAGAGAAAUCUGGUCAGGCAAAAGCAAGUGAGGGGUCUGAGGAAGAUGAGAACAAGAACAAAGAGGAUGAGGACAAGAGUGAAAAAAAGGAUGCAGGAACAACAUCAGAGAUCCAAGAGGAGGGAAUUCGCCUGAAAAUACGCGGGAUUACCCACCGGAGGAGAGCUGAGCUCCAGAGAAAGGAGAGGGACUCUGGGUCAGAUACUGGUGAGACUGGGAGAUCCCUGAGGAGGUCACCCAGGAUCUGCAGGCCGACCGCUAAGGGGGUGGAGUUCCAGGACAGGAGGCUGGAGAAGAAAGAGGCCACACCCCCUGUAGAGAAGGGUGAUGAGGAGGAGAAAACUGUUCAGAGGAAACCGAGAGAGAAGGUUGAUCAAGAUGGACUGUACAAAUCUAAGGGGCGACGGAGGAGAAAGACCCGGUGGUCCAACACUCGAACACAAAGGCGCAAAAAUAAUGGUUCUGGUGAAGACGAUGAAAGUGAGUCGAGCGAAGAGGAGAGCGAGGAGGACAACAGUGAUGAGAGCUUUAAGGUGGAGAGGGGCAAGAGGAGGAAGAGGAACAGAGAGAGGCACAGCGACGACUCUGACACCUCCUCGGAUGAUGACCUCCCUCCUAACGAUGACCCCUGCAAACACUGCGGCCUCCCCAACCAUCCUGAGCUGAUUUUGCUGUGUGACUCGUGCGAUAGCGGCUACCACACAGCCUGCCUCAGACCCCCUCUCAUGAUCAUCCCAGACGGGGAGUGGUUCUGUCCACCCUGCCAACAUAAGCUGCUCUGUGACAAACUUGAGGAGCAGCUUACUAAUCUCGAUGCUUCCCUGAAAAAGAGGGAGCGCGCUGAGCGACGAAAAGAGCGGUUGGUCUAUGUUGGAAUCAGUGUUGAAAACAUCAUCACUCCCUCGUUGGAGGUAGAGGAAGAAAGGGAGGAAGAGGUGGUGAAGAAGGAGAAGAAGGAGAGAACCAAGAGCUGGGGUCGAAGGUCGACAAGGGCAAAGAAAAGCAUAAGCUACAGGUUUGAUGAAUUUGAUGAGGCUAUUGAGGAGGCAAUUGAAGAAGACAUCAGAGAGGCUGAUGGUGGAGGAGCUGGUCGAGGCAAGGACAUGGCCAACAUCACAGGCCAUAGCAGAGGGAAGGACAUGUCCACUAUCCUGGCAGCAGGAGAGGGUGGCGAGGGCAAGGAGAAUGGGUGCCCGCCGCGGCCCAACGCCGGCCAGCGCAGGAAGAAGCGCCGGCGUCUCAACGACCUGGACAGCGACAGCACUAUGGAGGAGGAAGAGAGCGAGGACGAGUUCCGUCUCAGUGACAGUACGGGGGAAGAGGAGUUUGUGGCGUCGGACAAGAGCGAUGCAGAGAGCGAAGUGGCAGUCGACUCCAAUGACGACAGCGACUUCGGCAGCACACAACUCAGAACCGCCAGGACAAGGAGGCCAGCCAAACGUCAGAGGAGCACUCGGCUGCGACGGCGCCGCAGACCACGAAGGUACUCAGACGAUGAAGAGGAGACGAGUGAGGAAGAAGAGGAAGAAAUGGUGUCGGAGGGCUCCAGCGAGUUCACCGAUAGCGACCUGGACUGUAGCCGACGCCGAUCCCGCCGGAGUCAGACGACGAAGCAGGUCAACUACUGCGAGUCGUCCGGAGACUCUGACGGCUCCAAGGCCAACACAAACCGCGACAAAGUCAAACCGUGGCGGCGCCUCGCCAGUUCAGACAGCGAAGCAAGCUCCUCCAGAGGCUCGGACGACAGCGAGAGGGAGAGGACUAGGUUAAAGAGGAGGGCCGACUCAUCCGAGAAAGAGUCCCAGCAGCACCGCAGACGACUUUCGCUGAAACGGCGGCGAGCCUCUGAGGAGGACGAUGACGACCACGAUUCCGAUGAAUCAUCGGAGGGAGAACGUCCUGUCCGCAAGCGUGUGAACCGCAUCGACUCGGACGACUCUGACGAGGAGGAGAAGGAGACGAAAGAAACCAGGGAAGAGGAGGAAGGGGGGGUGCUGGGGAAGGGAGCCAGCCCAUUGGACUACAGCCUGGUGGAGAUGCAUCCCCCCACCAACGGACAGAGUCCCAUCAAGGCCCUAGAGGGCUUGGCUCACAUUGGGCCCCAAAAACCUGGGGCCACAGCUGUCGGCAUAGCGCCCAAUGGACUGGAGUUGGCACCACAGGAUGAUGAUGAGGAUGACCUGCUGGGGGUCACAGACCUGGUGGACUUUGUCUGCAACAGUGAUAUGUUGUAAAACCCAAGUUGUACGUUUGUUCUUUUCUGUUGUAUUUUUUAAAAUGUUUUUGUCCUGUCCUUAUUAUAAAAAUGUUUUAUUCAUCUUCCUUGUCCCCCCCCCCCCAAUUAGUAUGACCCCAUCCAUCCGUAUGAACUGGACAUCUUAUGGGGGGGAAAGUUCAUUGUCUUCACACUUUAGCACCUCUCGCAGUGUGAUUGUACAGUCAUUGAGAGCACUAACUCCGAAGGUUGUUAAGUGGCAUGUUACUUUGCGUUGCAUUGUCUUAUCCUCUGUACUCGGUCACCGAUGGACAUGUGGGUCAGAUACUUGACCGUAAAUGACACACAAAUCAACCUACCUGUUUCUCCAGCCAACUUCCAGGGUUGUCUACUCAGGGGUCCAUCCACUACCCCCACAUACAAAGAGUCCAUCUCCCAAAUUCUUGGUUGUGUUCAUUAGGCCCCAAACGGCAGAAAACAGACAAACCGAGAGGGAUUUGUCUGUUUUCUGCCUUGCAUUGUCCAUUUAAGAAAUGCUAAUUUUCCGUUGUGUGACCUAAUCAACAUGACCCAUGACUUCCUGUUCUCCUGAGAGGCACCUCUCAGUGUUCCUGCCUGGGAUAGAGGACAUUUUAUUGUAUGACAUUACUUAAUUGUUUUUUGGUAGGAUGUAGAUGUGUAUUGUUGUUCAACAUUUUUAUGAGAAUAGAUGUCAGGGGUCAAACUGCAUUCCAUUUACGACUUAAAUGAACAGUUUUGUGGAUUAACUGCUGGAAACCAAUCGUUGUUUUUAUCCCCCUGCUCUUUAACCCAAACUUUAAAUAUGAAUGUCUUUCACUUUUUUGAUAUUUGAAUUCCACAUUUUAAUCCUCUUACAUCGAUCAAACUAUUUAUUCUUUGUUUUGAUGUGUUCAAUUCUAUUAGUCAGUUGUUUGAUAAGCUAAACCAUUACACAGGUUUCCCACUUUCUUUUAUAGACCAUUUACAACAAGCACUGGAUGAAAAAGCAUGAGCAUAACCGUUUUCAAGUCAGAAUUCCCAUAGGAAAACGGGACACAGAAUCAUCAUCAUCAUCAUCAUGCUAGAAACAGCUUUUUUUAACUGACAGACUGGGAGACCAGACCCACAACCGAUCCCAUACUUUCUAGAAAAUACAAUCUCCAAAAGUGUUUUUCUCAUGGAUUUGGUAAAUUGUUUUUACCCAAAGUAUUGAAAUGUUGUACUGCAGCCUAUAUCCCGUUUUUAUUUUUAUCAAACGUUCCCAUCAAGUGGUAUUUUAACCGUUUUUAAUUAUUGUUACAAAACACUAUCAAGGCAGCUAGCUCCUCAGUGCAUCACGCCAAAUUACAGGUGUCAUUUAAUCAACAUUCAAAUCUGUUAACUACCACCACAUUGACAAGACUUUCCUUUAAAUGGAGGUUUGAGUGUAUUUAAUGUCACCAACUAGAGUAGACCAACCCUGAUCUUCUCACCUCUGUGUGCACAUGUUUCUAAAAACCCUAGUUUAGUUUUUGUGUACGUAUAAAUAUAAUUUUAGUGUGUGCUGCCUACACUAUCAAUGGAUUAAAUGCCCAUGUUUUAGACUUUUUUUAUAUGCUAAUAUUCGAAGGGAUUUGUUAUGUACAGAAUUUUCUGCCAACUUUCUCUGUUCCUCUCAAUAACCAUGUCAGCAUUUUAACCAUUAUUUUACGUACGUUGUGUUUUUAUAAUGUAUUUCUUUGUAUAUCAAAUCAUCCACUUAUUGUUUUCCUCCUUAGCAAACCAAGUGGCAUACUGUUUCCUAUGUACCUUCUUGUCGAUACUGUGUGUAGGUUCAAAACCUUGAAGUAAAGGUACUUACUGAGUGUACACCUAACUACCUGUCGUUGUUCAUCAAGACUAUUAUUUUGAAAAAAAUAUAUAUUUUUUAAAUGUCCCCUGGUUUUUUUCGGAACACUCUGCCACUACCAGUGUUGAUUGUAGAGAACACUACCCUUGCUCUAGUCUUCCCUCUACAUCUUACUGCAUCAACUGGAGACUAAAUAAAUGUCUCCCAUCUCAGAAAGCCUAUCAUUUGUUCUCAAAUAUGAGCUCAUUUUGGUUUUAGGGUUCCAUUUUGAGGUCAGGUAAAUCACUGCCUUUCUGGGCCUAUGUUCAAAAAGUGUCUCAGAGUAGGAGUGCUGUCCAUAUAUUAUUCAUAAUGAUCUAAAAGGCAACUGAUCCUAUAUCAGCACUCCUACUCUGAGACUGUGAAUGCAGGCUCUGGCCUUGAAUCAAAAGAAGAUUAUGAAUUAACGGCAUGCUGGAUUCAUCUUUGUUAGGGAAUGAUAUACCAGAAUGCAACUUGUUUGGGGAAAUGGUCCAGACCAUAAAUUGACCUCUAAUGUUAGUGUGUAUAUCUAGUUUUUGCUGUAAUGUAUAUUUAGAGGCAUUUUCUUUUAUCAUGGAAAUAAAUAUAUUUGGCAAUUA